CGGGCAGUGAGUGGCGACGCAGACCUUUACUCUAAAGUGUGUCUAUUUGCGAGAUCAGUUCAUAGCAAAAACCCCCCAAAAAACAGCGCUUUCUGUUUCCCCCCCCCCAAACAUGAUAUUAAUUACAAUAACGAGUUAAUUAUUGACAAUCAUCUCACAGUUCUUGUGUGGGUUUGUUAAAAAAAAUGUAAUUGUUUCAUGAUAUCUUCUUGUGCCUCUUCUCCCCUCACCCACCCGAUGCCAGUUAUGAAUAAGGACAGGGUGUUUCGGAAGCUCUUUGUGGGUGGGUUACCGUAUCACACCAAUGAGGUGUCACUCAGGCGCUAUUUCCAGCGGUUCGGCGAGAUUGAAGAAGCAGCGGUGAUAACGGACAAGUUGACCGGGCGUUCUCGAGGAUACGGGUUUGUCACCAUGGCAGAUUGGGCUGCAGCAGAGAGGGCAUGUAAAGAUCCUAAUCCCAUUAUUGAUGGAAGAAAGACUAACGUAAACCUAGCUUAUCUUGGUGCCAAACCACGCACAGUACAUUCAGGAAGUCUUGGCCUACAACAAGUUCACUCAGCUCUGAUGCAGAGACCUUAUGGAGUUGGGCCAUACCUGUACCCACAGACCAUCCUUCAACCUGGCUUGGUUCUGCCCUCCACUUCAUAUCUGGAUUCCAAUGUAGCCCUGUAUACGCAGUAUCCAGCAUAUGAACAUCUCUACCCGAUUUCUUCUCAUUAUCCCAAUCCUGGUUACGCCUACACAGUGCAACUUCCAUUACAGACUGGAAUUCCAAAUUUAAGCCAAGGUCAGCAUGAGCCAACAAUAUUGCAUACAGCUGGUCUUCAGAGACGAUAGCAUUAUGGUUGCUUUCAUGCAGCAUUGCCUGAAAUCAAAGGAACUUCUAAUAUUGCGGGUUCACGUGUAAGCUGUAACAAUUGGACCUACUGCCAUUGUAUUGGAAUUGAGAAUAGUACUUUUAAAAAUUUCUUACAGAAUCCAAAGUAGAGGGAAGUCCCAGAAAUUGUUAUACUUGCUGGUUCAUUUUCCUCUUUCUUGCCCGCCCCUCACUCCAGGACUCUUGGAAAUAAAAACUUUUGUGUAUUUCUAAUCUUUGUUGCCUUUCUAAUCUGAAAGGUAAAAGUCAGCAUUGAAGGAUUUUGUACUGGAAACGUAUUUAUUAUCUGGCACAAAACAAGCUAUAAGGAUUAAGUGGGUAGCCACCCACUAGAUUAGUGUCAAUUAACACCAGCAAAAUGUUGAAGGGAAAUUGUGAUGUCAAACUGUAAAAUCAGUCAAUGACAAAUGGGGAAAAUGUAACAUUACCAUAAUAAUCGACUAAAUUCUUCAAUUUUUGUGGAUUUUUUUCAAAUGCUUACAUACAGAUACAGACCUCAAUAUUAAGGGAUUGUUACAUUGCAAUCCCAUGCUUGACUCAGGAUUUUUAUACAAUUGUAACUUUAUACUUUGACCAGAAUUUCUAUAUCAUGAGUGGAAAGAUUUUGGAAUUCUUUCGCUUGGAUCUGCCAUGCAUCCAGCCAGUCCACGGUACCUGAUACCUAGAAAAUAAAGUUCAGGUCAUUUAUGAAAUUACACAAUUGAUCAACACUGUUUAUUUCUCUAAGUAUUUGCACCAGGAAUCACUGUAUGAAUAAAACUUUUUUUUGCUCUGAAUAAUAAAUUACCCAGUAAAUGGAAUAUUUAUAAACU